AUGACUAACACAUUUGCCUGCUGGUUCCUGUCACCCACCUAUUGCAGCUCUGCCGACUUGUCUCUGGUGAGAGAGUAUCGGUGCCCCGAGUUAUCAGAGGGCUCUGUGUGUGUGUGGGUCUGUGCGUUACUUGUCAGAAUGGCUGGUCCGUGCGCCAAGAAUUCGUACUUUGAUCAGCUAACGAGCGCCUGCGAACUCUGCGAACUUCGCUGCUCAAACCUCCAGUCACAACCUGCGGCUUGCAAGGGUUUCACCUGCAACAGUGCAGCUGUAUCGUCGACACCAACGCUGGGUGACGAAACAGCUAAAAUCUUCUGGAUUAUCAUUGCGUUACUUCCAUUGUUAAGUGUAACAGUGCUUCUAUUAAUUGUUGUGAUACAAAAACUGCAUCAACAAAAAGAAAGUGCGGCCUUUAAAUCUACAGAGAUCACAGUGGAUAGAAAUAUCAUUGUCGCAAGUAUCGUGGAAAAUGGCUUGGCUGAAGAGGUGACCGAUGACGUGCAGGAAUAUCCCACAGAAAGGAUUCGACAAUCGGAAAAGUUUCUCCAGAGUAAUGCCACCAAUUGCACAUCUCCAGAAAAUCAAAUGAAGGACUUUAUACAUUCUACUCAAAGCAGUGGUGGCUAUGAUGCUACUUUUCCUUUACCGGCUACUGAAGAAGGAUCCACAGUCCUCGUCACAACCAAAACCAUGGAAUGGUGUGGCUAUCAAAAGGUUUAGCCAUUCCAGCAAUUAAACCAUUUUUUUUUGUCUGGAAAAUUGAAUUUGAU